CGCGCAGUUUCUACGUGCGCGCUCCCGAUGCAGUCCUGUGAUCUAUGCGUCAGCUGUCAAGCCGUACACGCGCACACAACUGCGUUGUCUCUAUGCAAGAUUUGUUUGGACAACGAAUGAAUCUGAAAUUCCACAGAGACCGGAACACACACAGAAAGUAUCAUGGCUGCAGCGUUACGCCUCACAAGCUGGACUAAAGCGGCUCCGUGACAGGAAAGUGGUCUAACAGACGGUUUACACCAGUUAAGAGGAGGAGAAAACGGCUGAACAGGUUUUCCGGUUGCAACGUUGCAGACUUGCUAUAAAGCAACCGGCUUCGUUAGCUUAGCUAGCUAGCAUGCUAACGAAGCUGAUGUAGCUGCGGGACAUUCAGGAAAAAAACGUUAUGAGCAGUUUCAACAUUACGACCAAAACCUCCACAUUGAGCUCAUCUUUGGGCUCCGACAGUAAUAAAGGCUCUCCGCUCAGCGCCGACGCUGCUAACAACAACAAAGAGUGGGAUCUGGGGAAGGAUGUGUUUUCCUGCUAUCCCGACAUGAGUCCCAUGGACGACACCAUGUCCUCGGUCCAGGCGGGACUGGACGGACACCUGCCGCUCCUCCACUCCAGGCAGGACGCCUUGCUGUUCGACCUGAGCUCCCCGGGGUCCUUCCUGGACAGCAGCUCCCUGGACUACAGCGACAAUGACGGGAACAACGCGGGUCCGUUGUUCGAGAGGAGGAAGAGGUCCCGGUCCAACAGCUCCAGGCACCGCUUCAGCGAGGUGGUCACGGAGCUCGGUCCGGAGGAGGUGCGCUGGUUCUACAAGGAGGACAAGAAAACUUGGAAGCCCUUCGUGGGGCAUGACUCGCUGAACAUUGAACGCAUGUAUCGGAAAUACUGUGAGCUGAACCCUGGUGCAGCAAGCUCCCAGGUCAGCGGUGGAGAGGAGCAGGAGGAGGAGUGCGGUAAUAACGGCGUGGAGAGCAGAGGACUGAACGGGGCUGUCCCGGUGGAGACCAGGACCAGCAGUGUGCACGGAGGCCGGGGGUCCCUGGACACAUCCACCGUGUCCUCGGAGGAGAGAGACCCUGAUAGUAUUGAAAUCAACGUUGAUCCUGUUUGUGUCCGGGGAGGUCUCUAUGAGGUGGACAUUAAAGAGAAGGAGUGCAGUCCUGUUUACUGGAUGCAACAAGACCAUAUUCCAGUCAUGAGGGGCCAGUGGUUUAUUGAUGGCACCUGGCUCCCGUUGGAGGAAGAGGAGAGCGACCUCAUCGAACACGAGCACCUGAACCAUUUUCGCGGGCAACAAAUGCAGGACACCUUCGAGACUGAUUUGGUGGUGAAGACCGUCGACAGCAAAGACGCCAUACACAGUCUGAAGCUGAGUCGGACCCAUGUGGACUGGCACAGCGUGGAUGAGGUCUACCUCUACAGCGAUGCCACCACCUCCAAGAUCGCACGCACCGUCACCCAGAAACUGGGCUUCUCCAAAGCCUCCAGCAGUGGGACACGGCUCCAUCGGGGCUACGUAGAGGAGGCCUCCCCUGAGGACCGACCCCCUCAGACUACGCACAUUGUCUUUGUGGUUCAUGGCAUCGGACAGAAGAUGGACCAGGGACGCAUCAUUAAAAACACUGGAAUGCUGAGGGAGGGUGUGAGGAAGAUGGAGGAGAAGCACUUUUCAGAGCACAAUGACGAGCAUGUGGAGUUCCUGCCGGUCGAGUGGCGCUCCAAACUUGCACUGGAUGGAGACACAGUCGACUCAAUAACACCAGAUAAAGUGAGAGGACUGAGAGAUCUGCUCAACAGCAGCGCCAUGGACAUCAUGUACUACAACAGCCCCCUUUACCGGGACGAGAUCACCAAGGGCCUGACGCUGGAGCUCAACAGACUCUACACACUCUUCUGCUCCCGGAACCCAGAGUUUGAGGAACGAGGAGGCAAAGUGUCCAUCGUGUCUCACUCCCUCGGGUGUGUCAUCACCUAUGACAUCAUGACGGGGUGGGACCCCGUUCGCUUCUGUCAGCAGGAGCACCACGCGGUGGAGGAGGAGCUGGACCUGCGCUGGAUGUCCUACGAGGAGAAACACGUUUUAGAGCAGCUACGGCUCACCAGGAACAGGUUACAUGAGCUGGAAAAUCAGCUUCUAACACUGGAGGCCUCCAAACCUCCAGCACGGCCAGCCCUCAAAUUCAAGGUGGAGAACUUCUUCUGCAUGGGUUCUCCUCUGGCCGUGUUCUUGGCUCUGAGAGGGAUCCGCCCUGGAACCAGCUGCCACCAGGACCACAUCCUGCCCACCUCCAUCUGCAGCCGGCUCUUCAACGUUUUCCACCCCACAGACCCCGUGGCCUACAGACUGGAGCCCCUCCUCCUCAAACAUUACAGCAAUAUUGCACCUGUUCAAAUACACUGGUGUAGCGUGAACCCCACCCCCUACGAUGAGAUCCGGCCCACCUUCCUGACCCCGGUCAAAGACCCGACGUCUGACACGGAGAGCAUCCCCAGCCCCAGCACCUCCCCCGUCCUCCCCCGCAGACACUACGGAGAGUCCAUCACCAACCUGGGCAAGGCCAGCAUCCUGGGUGCUGCGAGCAUCGGGAAGGGCAUCGGAGGGAUCCUCUUCUCCCGGUUCUCCCGCUCCAACAGCCAGCCCUCGGUGUCUCUGGGCCUGGAGGGAGGAGCCAACAGCGAGGAGGAGGAGCAGAAGAGGACGGAGAGCCAGUCAGCAUACGGCCUCUCCAGCAUGAUCCGCCCCACCUCCCCCAUCACUGACACCUCACUGGAGCUGGAGCGGCGCAUCGACUUUGAGCUGCGGGAGGGUCUGGUGGAGAGCCGCUACUGGUCGGCUGUGACCUCACACACUGGUUACUGGUGCUCACAUGACAUCGCUCUCUUCCUGUUGACCUUCAUAUACAAACAGAAGACGUCGCCCUCCGACCCAGAAGAAGAAGACGCUCCGGAUCCAGACUGAGGCGCCACCUUCACUACAACACAAACACUCUAAUGGUGUCUCAGCACCCCGACCGGGUGCUGCACCAUCUUGACAAGGCACGAAAAUAAACCUCAAUCAUUUAUUUUUCAUGCUCACAAUCUGCUGAAAUACACACAACAAAAAAAGAAAAAAUCCCUCUAACUCCCUGUGAUCCAGCUCUUUGAACACAACACGGGAACCAUUGCUGACAAACUGACUUCAUUCCAAGAUGUGCAUUUUUGUCUCUUUUUGUGUAGUUUGUACACAAUCGCGCACCCUAAGGGUGACAAUGUUGGACUAGGAACCCCUAAGGAGGUGAACUCUUUGCCAGUAUGACCACAGGCUGCAAAUAAACACGCAGUCUCAUGAGUUGGAUGCAGAUUAUGUGGCACGGAGAGGAAAACUUCAACCUUUAACGGCUGCAGCCUGUUGAUAAAGUGUCCAUACGUUUUCUGUUCAUCCAUGUUUAGAUCCAUUAUUCUCCCUCCUGCAGACUCAUUCUGGAGCCUUGUGACACACUUGCCUGACCCUCGGUCACUGAGGCUUCAACUUGUUGUUGUUGUUUUUUUCUUACAUGAAGAAGAGAGUGAUAGUUUGCAAAAUAUGUCGUUUUAUCUUUAAAAUUUAGCUUCUUCAUCUCAAAAAAACGUAAUGCUAACAAGCGAUGCCUUUCAAAAUUAGCCAAAUAAUACUACUCGUGCAGAAUAUUUCUGUUUUUUUAGUUUUUCCGAACAACAAAUGUAGGGCAUUAUCCCUUUAAUAAUGUGUCGUCGGUGAGAAGAAAGACAUAUUUUUAGUUUAUUUUUCUUCCUCUGUGUUCUUUUUAUUUUAUUACUUUGCCUCUUUUUAACAUUCUUUGAUCUUUUAAAAAUAGAAAUGCACCAAAUAAAACAUGAACAAAGCGCCACUUUUAUACACACUUAACUAAAAGAGCAUUUCUUUGUGCGUUUUUUUGUUUUCUGCAACUAAACAGGAACAUUUUUUGUUAAUGUACCAGGCACAAAAUGUCUCUAACUAACACUGAACAGCCUUCAGGCUUUAGUCUUUAGUUCCCAUGUGACGUUUUUACAACCACACCAGGAUUGUAUCAUGACAUGAACAGCUACGCUCUUAAAAAAAAAAGCUCCGGACAUGUCUGAAUAUUUUUCUUACAUCCAGUUUUUAAAAAAAAAUCUCUUGAUGAUGUCAUUUACAAAACAAGAGGUCUCACCCAAAACCGUCAUCCAAACUUCUGCUUCUAUAUUAGAGAUGAAUUGAUAAGAGAAUUUUCUGUGCUAUAUCUUUAUAUUGAUAUCGAGAUGAAAUCAGUGGUACUAGAUGUAUUUUUUUCUUAAAAAGAAAUAUUUUUCCUAGUCAUUUUCAGGCUCUCGUGGAUUUAAACCCGGGUCUCAUCUUUUGGGGGAAAUGGGAUUCAAACUUGCGGCCAAAUAACAUUUAUGUGUCUCGCUUACUAGCCGCCUGACAUUAUUAAUUCUAAGGUGUACCUCCGUUUAAAAAAGUAAUUGGCCUAGGGUUAAAAAUAGCUUCUUUAUUAUUUUGUGAUACAUUGCACGCAAAAGUUAAUUGUAACUCUUUUGCCUUUUCUUGUGACCAAUUCACACUUUUCUUUCUUUUGAGCAACGCUCGUCUUUUUAUUCGUGUGAAAGAAGGUUUUUUCAGUCUUAAAAAACGGUGCAUUUUCCAGCCAUCAGAAGUGUGUCACUGCUAAAUUGACA